CUCAGCUGUAGUCUAGAUCAGGGCGAGCUCGUGACCGGCAGCAACACGGACCAAGCGGGGGCAGUCGACGUAUCACAUAAUGUUCGAGCCCAAGUUCGAGAAGCUGCAGGACGAGUUUGGUCUGCGGGUGGCAGCCGCCUGCCCUGGGAUAUUCAAGUCGCCGCUGUGGAGGGUCACGCCGUCGCGUUCCGUCGUCACGAGUCUCUACCCAGACAUGUGGCAGCGCUUCACAAACUUCGAAGUCUACCCUGACGAUGUGUGGGUGGUGACUUUCCCGAAAUGUGGUACUACCUGGACCCAGGAAAUGGUUUGGCUCAUCGGUAACGACUGUGACUUCGACACAGCGAAGAAGAAGAGACUUAACGAGCGCGUGCCUUUCAUCGAGUUCGUGGCAAUCUCGCGGUACACAGGACCGGACGGGGAUACCUUGCAGCGCUGUACCGACAUGCCGCGCCCGCGGUUCAUCAAGAGCCACCUGCCGUACGAGCUGCUGCCGCAACAGCUCUGGACCAAGAAGCCCAAGAUAAUUUACGUGGCUCGGGAUCCAAAGGACACGGCGUUAUCAUACUACCACCACCAUCGUUUGUGGAAUGGCUACACAGGAACUCUGGACGACUUCCUCGAGGCAUUUAUUCAGGAUGCACUGGUCUACUGCCCUUUUUGGGAGCACGUACUGAGAUUCUGGGAGUUAAGAGAUGAGCCGCACGUGCUGUUCAAUACGUUCGAGGAAAUGACACAGGACUUGAGUGCGGUCGUGAGACGCACAGCGGACUUCAUGGGCCGGCAGCUCUCAGAUGAGCAGGUGUCGGCACUGUGCGAGCACCUGAGCUUCUCCAAGAUGCGCGAAAAUGCAGCUGUGAACCACCAGGAGGGCCCCCCUACUGAGUCGCCUGUCGCGGCGGCGGCGGCGGCGGCGGGCGGAGCAGACGGUGGCGACCCGGCGCUGCGGUUCAUGCGGCGCGGCAAGGCGGGGGUCUGGCGCCAGGAGAUGCCCGCCGCCUUCGUCGACAAGUUCGACCGCUGGACCCAGCAGAAGACGGCGGGCACGGGCUUCCGGGUCGGCGUCUCCGGCGGUCACCAGUAGCGUCGUGGGGCACCUCGUGUUUCCUCUGAUAUGCUCCGCACGACGUCUCUAGGCGGUUGACUACGGCACGCUAUUUGAGUCUAAUCAUGGAAGUCGCAAGGAAAUGUGAACGUGUAAUUCUUCAGUCCUUCCCUGUCAUACGAUGCGUGCCGAAUAAACGCUUCUUCUGCCGACUGUUCGCGUCGUUCUCCCUGAGUUGAAGAAGACAUCGAGUCACGCCGUCGAAAUACCAUGCGAGUACCACACGGAGAAAUGGCAGAGAGACCGGCUUAUUCAAAGUAUCAAAACAGAAGGUUUUGUAUUUUGAUGUGUUGCAGGCUUUUAGUUGAGUUUUUCCACCAGUGCUAUGUUUAUUAAGUAUGUAAGAAAGUUAGAAAGUAACCUGUCACUACCUUAUUAUUAAUUUAGUGUUUGUUUAUUUCGUAAUAUCUUGUGAAUUUGCCUACCAUCUUACUUAAUACAUUCGACAUUUGUUUAAGUUACAGCAGUCAUUCUACGUGUUCCAGUAGAAUUCGUAACGAUUCUCGAAUGCAGAAUGAAAUUUUCACUCUGCAGCGAAGUGUGCGCUGAUAUGAAACUUCCUGGCAGAUUAUAACUGUGUACCGGACCGAAACUCG